AUGAGAGUGGGAGGCCUUGAGAUUGACGGAGGCACCGUUGUGGAUGUGGACAACAUUCCCGACACGCCUCUUGCUUCCACCACCGCUAAAACCAAGGUGAGCACGAAUGGUGCCAUUACGUACCAGAAGUAUCCCCCAACCCCAACUGCGACGACGACGACUUCUUCGCCUGCCAAGAAACAACCUCCUGUCGAUGAACUUGGGAAUUCUCGUCAUUCCACUUCCUCCUCCGCCACGGCUGCUUCCAAGAAAAAGAUUCCUUCCGCCACCUUUAAAGAGCUCUUUCAGUUUGCCGAAACCAAAGAUAUCGUCACGUUCGGAUUCGGUAUCUUUUUCAGCAUCAUCAGCAGUGCCUCCAUGCCGGCCAUUAACGUUGUCUUUGGAGAUGUUAUUAAUGCCAUUGCCGAACCCAUCAAUGUCAAGGAACUGGUCAAUACGGCCGUCACUGCCAUGUCCAUUCUCGGUGUCUACGGAUUUGUCACGUUCUAUUUGAGUUUCUGGUUGUGUGGAACCGCCGCGGCCAAUAUUGCCAAUGGAUGGAGAUUGCAGUAUUUGGAACAUUUGCUCAUUCAAGACAUGCAAUUCUUUGAUACGGCCGAAUCCGGGUCACUCACGCUCAUGCUCAGUGACAGUGCCAUGGCCAUUCAAACGGGUCUGUCGGAAAAAUUUGCACAAGGCAUUCAAGGAUUCUUUCAAUUUGUCUUUGGAUUUGGACUCGCCUUUUAUUUUGGACCCAUCAUGACAUUGGUUUUGCUCGCAUGUGUCCCGGUGCUAGGACUCGUCACCACGGCCAUGUUCAUGUGGGGAUCGGAAGAUGGCAUUUUUGGAAAAGAGGCCUACGAAUCGGCAUCGACCAUUGCCAAUGAAGCCAUGAGUAACGUCCGGACCGUUGCCAGUUUGAAUGCCGAACCCAUGAUGAGUCGCCGCUACGAUGCCAAAUUGGGAGAUUCCGAAACGGCCGCCAUUCGACAAGGAAGUCGCAAUGCCAUUUUGACGGGUCUGUUGUUUGGUGUCAUUUUUGUCAUGUACGGAUUUGGAUUCUGGUUUGGGUCCACUUUGAUUGCCAAGAGUGUCGAUGAUGCCAUUGAACAACAUCCUGCCCCUGUGAAUUUGUUGGAUCCACGAGAAGAUUGGUACUAUGCAGCCGUCUUGGGAUGUGGCGAAUGGAUUGAAGGAUACAAUACCGGAGAAAAUCCCGAGCCCUUUGAAGUGUGUGUCUGUGGAUUGCCCUGGGAAUACGUUCCUAACGCCACAGGACCCAACUGUGGAUGUGGAUAUUCUGACGGUGGUAGUGGUGGGCUCGAAGAUACCGGUGUCAGUACGCUUUCGGGGUGUGUCUCGGGUGGUCAAGUCAUGAUGGUCUUCUUUUCCAUUCUCAUUGGAAGUUUCUCGGUGGGACAAAUUGGACCUGGUGUGUCUGCCAUGAACGAGGCCAAACAGGCCGCCGGGAAACUGCUCUUUGUCAUUAAUCGGACUCCGACGAUUGGUGGGGAAGAAGGUGAAACGGAUGGUGAUAUGACGGCCAAAACACUCGAGAAAAACAACAACACUAAAAACAAAAAGCCAAAAGUGCGACUCAAGCGAGAAAACGUACGAGGAGAACUUGUCUUGGACAAUAUGCACUUUAAGUACACACGUGCCAAAGAUGUCACUUUUGCCAGCCCCCCGUCUGACGAUAAGGACAAGGACAAGAAUGAUGAGGAUACGGUCCCAGAAGAAAAAGAAGAAUCGGAGUCUCUGGGUGUUGUCUUUGGAGGCUGCAAUCUCACCAUGAAGGCCGGAGAAACAGUGGCGUUAGUCGGAGAGUCUGGUUGCGGAAAAUCAACCAUUGCCAAAUUGGUCCAACGAUUCUAUGAUCCAACCGAAGGUCGCAUUUUGCUGGAUGGUGUUGACCUCAAGGAUAUCAACGUGAAGGAUUUGCGAUCCUGCAUUGGAGUUGUCAGCCAGGAGCCACUCCUUUUUGACACCACUAUUGAAGAAAACAUUAAAUUUGGAAAGCCAGAUGCGACCUUUGAAGAGAUUGUGCAUGCCGCCGAGUCCGCCAAUGCUCAUGAUUUCAUCAUGUCCUUUCCUGAUGGCUACCAAACCUUGGUUGGUCCCAAGGGUGGAAAACUGUCGGGAGGACAAAAGCAAAGAGUUGCCAUUGCUCGAGCCAUUGUUCGUAACUGUCCAAUCUUGAUUCUUGAUGAAGCUACGUCCGCGCUUGACAACAAGUCGGAGAAACUUGUGCAACAGGCUCUCGACAAGUUGAUCCAGCACGAAGGCGAAGGGGCAGAAAGAAGCCGCACCAUCAUUGUGAUUGCCCAUCGUCUCUCCACCGUCCGCAAUGCGGACAAGAUUGUCGUUCUUGGUUCGCCCGAUGGAACUUCGACGGCUAUGACUGGCAGCGUCAUUCUGGAACAAGGAACUCACGACGAGCUCGUGCAACGUGAAAAAGGUUUCUAUCGGGCUUUGGUGGGCAGUGGAGCAAAGGGCAGUGGUCUUGUGGAUGAUACCUACGCAUCGACCGACGAUAACGAUGCUACUGGCAGUGACGCGGCGUCCUUGAAGUUGAAGGUGGAUGCAGCAUCGGAAAAGAGCCACUCAAAGGGAGGUGAUUUGGAAAAAGAUGGUGGCAACACAGGAUUCAGCCUCUUCGGCGGCAAGAAGGAUCCAAAGCAAGCUGAGAAGGAAGCCGAGGAGAAGAAGAGACUAGCCGCCAACAAAGCCCGCGUUUGGACGUACACACGACCCGAGAUCCCCUGGAUCGUGUUCGGUGCAUCAAAUAGUAUUAUCAAGGGUACCAUCUUCCCACUCCUGUCCAUUGUAUUUUCGAAAAUGAUUGUGGUUUGGUACAACCCCGACACCGAGUACAUGGUUCAGAGGAGUCUUGAAUACAGUCUUAUCUUUUACGGUCUUGCUGUUUUGAGUUUCGUCACCGAGGCAAUUCAGAAAAGUGUUUUCGAGAUGAUUGGAGAGCGAUUGACCAAAAGAUUGCGUGGAGACCUCUUUCGAGGAAUAUUGCGACAGGACGUUAGCUGGUUCGAGGACGAUAAAAAUGCGGUUGGUAUAUUGGCAAGCCGACUCUCGACAGAUGUCAAGCUUGUGCGUUUGGUCGCGGGUCAGUCUGUCGCGGCUACCGUGGAAACUGCAUCCGCUAUUACGACAGGAUGCAUCAUUGCCGGUCUCGCCUCCUGGGAAAUGUUUCUCGUCAUGCUUUGCAUGGUCCCUGCAUUGGGAUUUGCGGAGGCACUUCAGUUUACUGCAAUGAAGGGCUCUGAAGGCUCCAUUCGUGAGGAACUGAAUGCUUCGACAGAGAAACUGCACGAGACAAUCACUGGUAUCCGGGAGGUUCAAUCGUUUUCACUGCAGCGCAUUGUUAUCAUUGAUGUUGAGAAAAGAAUCCAUGAUACAAUCAGUCCAGCCUCAAGGAAGGCCGCGGUUAUGAAAGGGAUCACGAUGGGUUUGAUCCAGUUGAUUCAAUUUUUGGUGUAUGCGUUUGCCUUUUGGAUUGGUGGUAUUAUGAUCGAUAGCGGUCGAAUCACUUUUGAAGACUUCAAUCAAGCGCUGUGGGCGAUGGCGUUCGCAGCAAGUGGUCUUGGUCAAGCGGCACUUUUCGCUGGAGAUGCUGCCAAGGCGUCGGCCGCUGCCAACUCCAUCUUCUCCACUCUUGACAAUGUCCCUGUAAUCGACACUGCUCCAUGGGAGAAUAACGGCUGUGCCGAUAUGAAGACAUCUGAAGCCACUGUUCGACAGAUUCCAAACUCGACCUUGAAGGAAGGAAAGGCGGAGCUUUCGAAGGUCAAUUUCGCCUACCCAACAAGAAAGUCCGCCAAGGUCUUUGACCAGAUUGACUUGCAGAUUCCUUCCGGGAAAGUUGUCGCCCUUGUGGGAUCGUCGGGCUCCGGCAAGUCAACCGUCGUGCAGCUCAUUGAGCGCUUCUACGACCCCGCCAGCUACAAGGAAGAAGCCGAGGGCGAUGGUCUUGCCGAGGUUGUUGUCGACAACUCAGAGUUGAAGGAAGACAAUGGAGCCGUGAAGAUCGACGACGAAGACAUUAGGAAGCAAGACGUCCGGUGGUUGCGCAGCAACAUGGGAUAUGUUGGUCAAGAACCUGUUCUUUUCAAUGACACUAUCUACAACAACAUCGCCAUGGGCAAGGAGAAUUGCACCAAGGAGGAAGUAGAGCAUGCAGCCAGGCAGGCAAAUGCAUACGAUUUCAUCAUGGGUCUUGAGGAGGGAUUCAAGACAAUGGUUGGAAUCGGAGGAGGAAGAAUCUCCGGAGGCCAAAAGCAAAGAGUGGCAAUCGCUCGAGCCUUGAUGGGCCAACCACGCAUCCUCAUCUUUGACGAAGCCACAUCGGCGCUCGACAAUGAGUCUGAGAAGAUUGUGCAAGCAAGUCUCGACAAGCUAGUCAAGGAGAGCGGCGGGCAGAGAACAACAAUCAUCAUUGCUCACCGUUUGAGCACGAUCCAGAACGCUGACACCAUUUGUGUGCUCGAAAACAAUGGCGACGGUAGCCGCGUAGUCGAAAUGGGAAGUCACGAUGAAUUGCUGGCGUUGGGUCAAAAGUACAAGGCACUGGUCCAAGCCUACGAGAAGAAUUAG